GCGCGGCGGAACGAUGGCGGCCGCGCUGGCGGCGGCCGUGGCGGCGGCGCUGGGUGCGCUGUUACUGGCGCCGGGCGGCACGCAGUCGCGCGGAGGGGCCGCCGCUGCGGGGCCGCCGCCGCCGCUCAAGAUGGACCAGGCCCUCCUGCUGGUCCGCAACGAGCUGCCCGCGCAGGGCCUUCGCUUGGCCGCCCGCUCCGUUGCCUGCCACCGGUGCUCCUACCAGCUGCUGGCCGUCGUCCCGCCGAGCGACGGGGGCCCGGGCGCGGCGGCGGUGGUGGACACCCAGCAUCCGCUCAGCCUGCUGCUCAGCGGCUCCCGGGCCGGCAGCGAGCUCUGCAAGAUUCAGUAUCAUUUUGGAGAGUUCGGCAAUUACUCCCUAGUGGUAAAGACCCUAAGCACAAGUGCUGAAACCAUUUCUUGUGACAUAGUCAUCAAUGAAGGCCCCAUCAACAGCUACCUCCCUAUCCUCUUUGCUUUCCUGGUUUAUUCGGGGAUCCUUGCUAUCCUGAUCAUCUGUCGCCUUGUUAUGAAAAUUGGUCCAGUCAGAAACUGGGUUUACAAGAAACUGAACCCUAGGGAAACUGAUCGUCUGAUUAAUUCUGAGCUGGGGUCCCCAAGCACCACAGACUCCCCUAGCAGUGAUCCUUCCCCACGUCUGUGGCGCGCAACCUCUCAGCAACGACUGCGUUCCCUGGACACGUUCCGAGGCCUCUCUCUUAUAAUUAUGGUGUUUGUUAACUAUGGAGGAGGAAAAUACUGGUUCUUCAAACAUGAGAGUUGGAACGGAUUAACAGUGGCAGACCUGGUUUUUCCAUGGUUUGUGUUCAUCAUGGGCACAUCAAUAUCACUGUCGCUGAGCUCCAUGCUGAGGUGGGGAAGUUCUAAGCAGAAGGUGCUAUGGAAAAUCCUCUGGAGGAGCUUUCUGCUAAUCCUGCUGGGAGUCAUAGUUGUGAAUCCCAAUUACUGCCUUGGAGCAUUGUCCUGGGAAAAUCUGCGCAUCCCUGGAGUACUCCAGAGACUGGGACUGACGUACCUAGUGGUUGCUGCUCUUGAACUCCUGUUUACAAGAACUGGUGCUGACAGUGGGACUUUGGAGAUGUCAUGUCCUGCUCUGCAGGAUAUUCUCCCCUUCUGGCCACAGUGGAUCUUCAUUCUGAUGUUAGAAGUGAUUUGGCUGUGCCUGACAUUUUUGUUACCAGUGCCAGGUUGUCCCAGGGGCUAUCUUGGUCCUGGGGGCAUUGGAGAUUUUGGAAACUAUCUUAACUGCACUGGAGGAGCAGCUGGUUACAUUGAUCGUUUGGUUCUUGGAGAAAAGCAUAUAUAUCAGCAUCCCUCUUGCAAUGUGCUUUACCAAACAACAGUGCCAUAUGAUCCUGAAGGGAUCCUGGGGACAAUAAAUACCAUCUUAAUGGCAUUUCUGGGACUGCAGGCAGGAAAAAUAAUCUUGUCGUACAAAGACCAGCACAAACAGAUCAUGAGCCGGUUCUUUAUCUGGAGCGUAGUAAUGGGAAUUAUUUCUGCUAUCUUGACAAAAUGUUCUAAAGAAGAAGGGUUUAUUCCUAUAAACAAGAACUUAUGGUCAACGUCAUAUGUGACAACCAUGAGCUGCUUUGCCUUCAUCCUCUUAUUGCUGAUGUAUUACCUUGUGGAUGUCAAGAGACUGUGGUCAGGUACUCCAUUUUUCUACCCAGGAAUGAACUCAAUUCUGGUCUACAUCGGACAUGAAGUGUUUGAAAACUAUUUCCCUUUCAAGUGGAAGAUGCAAGACAGUCAAUCCCAUGCAGAGCACCUGACUCAAAACCUCACUGCAACAACUCUUUGGGUCAUAAUAUCAUAUUUACUUUACAGGAAAAAGAUAUUCUGGAAAAUCUGAUGGAGGUGGUCAGGUAGGCCUACAUGCUCUUGAGGCAAGGGCAUAAGAUGAAUUAGCCUGAGAUGCUGUCACUUCUGCUGGGUUGUAUUAAUAAAAAGGGAUCCUAGUUCAAGUUUACAUUUCCAUGGACAUUGUGAUCAAGACUUUAUGUGACUUAAGGACCAUAUUUUUGUAUUUAGCUAAAACUUAUUAAUCUGCUGCAGUUACUCUAUUUCUACUUACUGCACUUUUAAAAUAUUUUACUGAUCUCCUGCUUUUGUGCAGAGAAACUGACUAUAUUGCACCACUUGGGUAUUUAAAGACAGUCUGAUGGGUGCUCAUGAAAGGAACUGUAAGGGAGCUUGGUGGUGAUUGCAAGGGAUUAUCAGAAGAGACUCUGGUCGUUGUCACUGCAUGUGACAAGGCACCUAAAUCAGAAGCUGGGGCUUGUAAAAGCUCUCGGCACUUGCAGUAUCCCACCACUAGCUAUGGGCACACGUUUGGUCCAGCCAGUGUCAUGUCCCCCUUGUGGAGGGAGGGAGGAGUGACUGGAUUUGCAGAUGCCCCCAGUUAGAUUUAGGUGAAAUGACACCCAAGUUCUGUACAUAAGAGAAAAAAGAAUCAACUUUAAUAGGAGAAUUCUACAAAACAGUUAUCGCCUGUGUUGGCUCCCUCACAAUUAUACCUACUUAAGCCGUGCAGUUUUUGAGGAAGUUCAAGUAAGCCUUAUGAUACUUCAAGAGAAAAAGGAAAAAGGAAGAAAUAAAAGAGAGAGAUCACCAGUCCUGGAUUCAAGGCCAUGUCUGCUGACAGGGGUAAUCCACAUGUUGAAAAAGGGAAGCAGCAGCACUGAGAAGGGCUGGGCCAACCCCCCUCCCCAACCUCUAUUUGCGAUUGUCAUUGGCUUCAGUUCCAGGACCAGCUGAGACAUCAGCUUCCAGGCAUUACUGGGCCUGUCCCUUAAACCAUUUUUUUUUAACUGGGUAGCACUGGCUGUGUCCUCAGCUCUGCACUUGGGUGAGUAGUACAGUAACUACUAAGGAAAGCUCAGGGCUUCCUGUGUGCUGCAGGGGCCAGUGCCUCAGCUCAGCUGUUUGCCUUUUGCUGUUAUCUGGGCUGGGAUCAACCCCAGCAUCCUGCAGAAACCUGCUGCCAAAGACCUCUUCUAAUGGGUUAGAAAUUGGCAUGCUGCUGCUACAGGCUUAGCAGUUCACCUAGGUAUGUUCUGGGCCUUUGUGUUACGUACCUCUAGCAUAGAUGAAGUCUGAAUUUCACAUGCUACACUCAAAGUGGAGAAGGGCCAAGCACUUUGAUACUGAAGUUCAAUCAGAGCAAUCCUCUUUAUAAAUGGACUUGCAUGAGGGCUCCAAAUAUAAAAACCAGCAAAACCAGGUGGAAUUCAGCCAAAAACAAAACAGACCAGUUAAACUCAGUGUCAGAUAUUUGUCAACUCACUUCUGUUGUGAUUUCCAAACUAAUGCUAAUAAAAAGCCUGAAGUACCUUC